UUGACGACGAGCGUGUCUAUUUGAUUUUACUAAGUAUUUUAGCAUUUUUAAAAUGAAGAUUAUAAUAUUUAAUUUAAGUAUUUCGUUAUUGCUAAUAACUAUCACAGUGUGCGUCGAAGGUAAAUCCAAGAAACAUUCGAAUCCUCCACAUUGCACACAAGUGACUAAAGAUACUGAUUACUUAUCCAAAUAUAAACUGGACUACCCGAAGGCAUACAUUCCACCUGGACAACAUGAAGCUUACCAGCAGAUGUUCUGCAUAAGCCCGCCUGCUGUAAACAAAGCAGUGACAGUAGUCUGCGACUGGGCAGCUCCACCGCAGGUGCAGUUCACGCUCGGUGACGACUACAUGCACGUCGUGCGCCAGGAUCCCACUGGCCGUUACCUUGGCAACGCCAUCAUCACCACCUACCAGCUGUGUAGCCACAAUAUAUCACACGUGGAAGAUACCGAAUAUACUCCUAGGAUAACGAAGCUUGACUGAAAAUAUAAAAACCGACUAAUUUUGAUCAUGCAAAGGUGAAGAAAUAAAACCAAUUCUUAGUUAGAAA